UACCAGAGCAGCGGGCCGCUUCUGAAGCUCGCUACGCUCAUUUGCCAAACUCUGACAAAGUGCUAAUGUAUUUGCUAUUUUAAGUUUAGUGACUUGUGAUCAACUUUUAGUGAAAAGUUUGACUCGCCGCAUGUCUUCAUCAAAAUGGCGAACAACUCGCAGACUCUAGUCGACAUAUUCAAUGAGAUACUCGCUGCGUCUGGGAACUCAUCGGACAUAACUAUCAAUCAGACAAAAAUAAUAUCUGCACUUAAGGAACAAGCGUCUAAAGAUAGUAUAAAAGAGAAUAUUGGCUCUGUGUUGGCCAAAGUCGUGAAUGAUGCUAAAUUUAACCUGCCGAAGAAGCCGGAGUCCUGUGGUUACUGUGAUGGUGACUUCAGAGAUGUUUUGGAAGCUUACAAUGGCAUUCAUGGAUAUGUCAGCUUAAUAGUUUGUACAAUUGGCGUGCUGGCAAACACUAUGAACGUAGCAGUUCUUACCCGACGCGAUAUGGCCGCAGCGCCUAUCAACCGUCUAUUGAAGUGGCUGGCAGUAGCUGACGUAUUUGUGAUGCUGGAAUACGUCCCGUUCUCCAUAUAUAAAUACCUGCUACUUCCGGAAACACUGGACUUUUCAUAUUCCUGGGCGAUGUAUCUGCUGUUCCAUAUGCAUUUUGCGCAGAUAUUGCAUACAGCCUCGAUUUGCCUCACGUUGUCGUUAGCGAUAUGGAGAUAUAUUGCGAUAAAAUACUCAGAUCGAAGUCACAUCCUAUGCACCGAGAGGCGCUGCAGUAUCGCAAUACUGAGCAGUUUCAUUCUCCCACCAAUAUUAUGCAUACCGACAUUCAUGGUAUUUGACAUUCAUACACAAAAUGUUAGUGACACUCGGGGACGCCCUGAAUUAGCAUAUCACGUAGAUUCGAACAGCCAAGGAAUCCUUUACCAAUUAAACUUCUGGGUUCACUCCGUGUUAAUCAAACUGUUACCUUGUUCGAUUCUAACAAUUAUAAGCCUAUGGCUUAUUCGGGCCUUGUAUAGUGCGAAUCAACAUCAAAAGAAUUUGAGAAACUAUAGCUCAUGUCCCGCCGCCGAGAAAAUGGUAAAGCGGCAACAUAAAGCUGACAAAAGGACUGAUAGAACUACGAAGAUGCUGCUCGCUGUCCUACUUCUGUUCCUAGUGACGGAGCUUCCGCAAGGGAUUCUGGGGCUGAUGAGCGGCUUGCUGGGGUCAUGUUUCUUUAAACGUUGCUAUGGACUGUUUGGAGAGUUAAUGGAUUUCCUGGCAUUACUGAAUGGAGCGAUAAACUUCAUCUUGUAUUGCUCGAUGUCGCGUCAGUUCAGACAGACGUUUCGACAGCUACUGUUGCAGAAACACUUUGCAAGAUUCCUGCCAGCCACCGGCUCGCAUUCGGAUUCGCAUAACCAGAACACGUACACAGUAAAGAUAAAAAGGUAACUACAGCCGAGCAACACUAAUAUUGAGUAACUAUUAUCAAGACAUCCGUGCCUUGAGGGCGGGCGGCACAAGGUAAUGUUCCCUUAGUUUGUGAACAUUACCUGUGAGUUGGGAUCAAAUACUCGGACAAGGUGAAAUGUGAAAUUAUUUGAGAACAUAAUAUAAGUUUUGUGCAUUUAUUUUUCAUAUAUUUUAUAUGUAAGAUAGUUUUUCAGUGUACAGAUAAUAUUGAGCUUUGUGUAAUCUUUGAGAUUUAAACAUUACAAUUUAAAAUUGACUUUGGAACACGCUAUUGUAUAUCUAAAAUGUUUUUAUGGCAUAAUAAAAUUUUAAUACGCCAUAUUGAGGGCGCUAGAUAAAUUUUUAAAUGUGUAGAAUAGAACUAGUAUACGAAAAGCUAUUAAAACCUAGACUUUAUGAUACAAUGAAUUAAGUCGCGUAUCUGGAAUGUUUCUUGAUGUAUAAGUUGACUAGUAUAUACACACUUAUAGUGUAAAUAAGCACGUAAUCGGUCGACGAUUUAAACUAAUUAUAUAUUGAAAUAUCAAGUAAAAAUAAAAAGGGCAAAUGUAUACGCGCGUUACUAUUGUAAACAUUUGACCGCGAACCAAAAA